GCUCUUCUGACUUCAUCGUUGUUUGUGUACUGACACUGUACACUACUGCAAAGUAUAUUGAUCUCGGAGUUUUGCUGUCUAGAUCUCUUACAGCAUGACGGGAUCUCCCACCAAUGGCAAUGGCAGCCCCGCGGAGGUGCCCCUCAACCGCUCAGAGGAGGUCAGAGACCUGCUCGAUGCUGUCCAAGAGCUCAUCAUCCCCUUCAUUGCUGCCGCAGACCACGAUGCAGACACCAAGCACACCGGUCAUGGUCUCGCCAUCAAAGGUGGUGCACCUCGUACUGCGCUCGUCGAGCACCACCCACCAAAGAAGCUGGAAGCUUUGCUGCAUAAUCAAUUGAAGAUUGGCGACGAUGUCGAGAAGGGCAAGGACAGGCUGAUCAGCCUGGUUGACUCGGUCCUGAAGUACAGUGUAAACACAUGGGACCAGGGAUUCAUGGACAAGCUCUACGCAAGCACAAAUGCGGUAGGAGUAGUAUCUGAACUCCUUCUCGCAGUGCUGAACACAAAUGUCCAUGUCUACCAAGUCUCGCCAGUAUUGACCUUGAUCGAGAAAGCCACCACAAAGUACCUUGCGACUCUCUUCGGUUAUCCCUCGCAGUUCUCCGGUGGUAUCUCCCAGCCCGGCGGCAGCGCAUCAAACAGCUCUGCCAUUGUAAUUGCACGCAACACACUUUACCCAAACACGAAAACCGAAGGCAACGGCAACCACAAAUUCACUCUCUUCACAUCAGCACACGGCCACUACUCCGUCGAGAAAGCAGCAAACCUCUUCGGCCUCGGCAGCAAAAACGUCAUCGGUGUUCCCGUCGACGAUGCAGGACGCAUGCGCGCCGAUGAACUGGAGCGCCUAGUCAAAAAAAGCAAAGAAAGAGGCGAAACACCCUUCUUCGUCAACGCAACAGCCGGCACCACAGUCCACGGCUCCUACGACCCCUUCCUUGCCCUCAGCAAGAUAUGCAAGGCCCACAACUUGUGGCUGCACGUCGAUGGCAGCUGGGGCGGCAGCGUGAUCUUCAACUCCGAGCUCGCGUCCACGCGCCUUGCUGGCUGUGAGCUAGCGGACAGUAUAGCGAUCAACCCGCACAAGAUGCUCGGCGCGCCUAUGACGUGCUCGUUUCUGCUCGGCCGCGACAUGCGCACCUUCCACAAUGCGCUCACCUUGCCGGCAGGCUAUCUCUUCCACAACGAAGGCGUGGACGUGAAUGAUAUCUAUGACCUCGCGGAUCUGACGCCGCAGUGCGGACGCCGAGCAGAUAGCUUGAAGAUGUUCCUCAUGCUGCAGUACUACGGACCGCAGUACUUCCGCGAUCUGGUUGCGAGAGGGUUUGAGAACGCAGAGUACCUCCUCAAGAAGCUGAAGGAGGACGGAAACUUCCUCACAAUCAGCCCCGAGCCGGUGCCGUGCUUACAGGUGUGCUUUUACUUUGCACGAGGGGGCAAGUUGGGCAAGGAUCCGGAGGCGAAUGGUCGCAUCACGAGCGAAACUGCCCACCGACUGAUUCCACGAGGCUUCAUGAUCGAUUUUGCGCCGGGCGAGAAGGGCAAGUUCUUCCGCGUUGUUGUGAACGGUGGGACGAGGAGAGGAACACUGGAUGGGCUCGUCAAGGCGUUGGUUGACACCGCUGAAGAGCUGGGAUAUUAGCACCACCCGGGGAAAGGACGACGUCUCAGUUCAAGAAUGUUGAAGAUGUGGAAAAGCUUUCUUGCGAGGACGCGAAUCUCCUUGCUCAGAGAUGAUGUAUCGAUGAAGUACACGACCAUCACCUACGCCGACAUUCUAAAAAUUAGAUUUUGCUAAAUCUCC